CAACAUCCCUUUAGUUUUAAUUUUCAAAGAAAACUUAAGAGACAGACGAGACGACGUCGCAUAAGGACGGAAACGAUGACGACGCUACCAUACGCCGACGUCGACUGCAACCUCAGAGCUUUAGCCGGCCGUGCCGAGGGUUUCGGCCGAUUCGCCGUCGGCGGUCUCCACGGAGAUCUCUACGUCGUCACAUCCCUCGCAGAUGAUGGACCUGGAUCUCUCCGCGAAGGAGGAAGGAGGAGAGAGCCGUUAUGGAUCGUGUUCGCGGUUUCCGGAACUAUACAUCUCAAUUCGUACUUGAGCGUGUCGUCUCACAAGACGAUCGAUGGGAGAGGACAACGGAUCAAGAUCACAGGGAAAGGGAUAAGGCUCAAGGAAUGCGAACAUAUCAUCAUUUGCAAUUUGGAGUUUGAAGGUGGAAGAGGGCAUGAUGUUGAUGGGAUUCAGAUUAAGCCGAAGUCUAGACACAUUUGGAUUGAUAGGUGUAGCUUGAGGGAUUACGAUGAUGGACUUAUUGAUAUCACUAGGCAGAGCACUGAUAUCACCGUUUCUAGAUGUUACUUUGGGCAGCAUGAUAAGACGAUGUUGAUUGGGGCGGAUCCUUCUCAUGUUGAUGAUAGAUGCAUCAGAGUGACUAUUCAUCAUUGUUUC